AUGGACAGCUCCUCGGUGGCUUUGCCCCUGAAUGGCUCCGGGAGCCAGGAGAAGGCCGCUGGGGACCAGCUCUCCGGGCGCUUCUCCACCAUGUGGACCAUCGUCCUGGCCGUCCUCAUGGCUUUGUUGAUCGUGGCUACGGUCGUUGGCAAUGCCUUGGUGAUGCUGGCUUUUGUGGUGGACUCCAGUCUGAGGACGCAAAACAAUUACUUCCUUCUGAACCUGGCCAUCUCCGAUUUCCUAGUAGGUAAAGUACCACACCUCGGCUUCACCUCUCUUCCUCCGUGGCUCAUACUUCGUACGCUCGUCUAA